UCCGCCAUUUCUAUUUAUCAGCUUCACCGACUGCCGAUUGAAUUCAAUCGGCCGUCUGCAGCGUAACUGCGCACCCUACAGUCCAACGAGCGCUAUUUUUCGUGCAGGGGGUGGCGGCAGGUUCCCCUGGUCAUUCGGUGGGCGCACAGAGAGAGAGAGAGAGAGAGAGAGAGAGAGAGAUCCUCUCAGCUGGGUAGAGAAGUGAUGAGCGAGGAAGUUGUGAGUUCUGUGGUCCACGAUGUGCUUGGACGGAGGGUCCUCGAUGUCGACAAACCCAUCAUCGACUAUAUUGUCAGCGUCCUCGCGGACGAAGAUUUCGACUGCGGUGUCGACGGAGAGGGUGCCUUCGAGGUCAUCGGUGAGCUCCUUGUCGACUCCGGCUGCGUCAGCGACGACUAUGAAGGACGAUUGGUGUGUAGCAAACUCUCAGACAAAUUUGGAAAGCAUGGGUUAGCAAAAAAAAGGGAAGUUGUAAGAAGUCUUGCAACACCAUUGCGAAUGUAUGAUGGGAUGGAUGUAGAUAUACUUCCAAAAAAGCAAGCGGAGGUGCAAGAUGGUCCUAUUUUAUCUGAAAGAGAUAAAUUAAAAAUUGAGAGAAGAAAGAGGAAGGAAGAGCGCCAACGAGAGGCCCAGUACCAGAUGCACCUUGCUGAGAUGGAAGCAGCUAAAGCAGGCAUGCCUACUGUUUGUGUAAACCAUGGAAAUGGUGAAGAUGGUGGUGGAGGUGCUAAAGAUGUACACAUGGAGAACUUCAACAUUUCUGUUGGUGGACGUGAUCUUAUCAAGGAAGGAUCAGUAACUCUAGCUUUUGGGCGGCACUAUGGGCUGGUGGGGAGAAAUGGAACAGGAAAGACAACGUUUCUCAGGCAUAUGGCUCUGCAUGCAAUUGAUGGUAUUCCAAAGAAUUGUCAAAUAUUGCAUGUGGAGCAGGAAGUCGUGGGGGAUGAUACAACAGCCUUGCAAUGUGUUCUUAAUGCUGAUAUUGAAAGAACUGAACUUUUGGAGGAAGAAGCUUAUUUACUAGCACAACAGAGAGAUGCUGAAGCAGAUGGUGGGAGAGGAAAAGGCAAUCUAAAGCUUAAUGGGGGGGACCAUGGAGAUGCUGCAUCUCUGAGACUUGCAGAGAUCUACAAAAGGCUAGAAUUCAUUGACGCAUACUCUUCAGAGGCACGGGCUGCAUCCAUUCUUGCGGGACUUAGUUUUACUCCAGAUAUGCAGAAGAAACCAACAAAAGCCUUCUCUGGAGGAUGGCGAAUGCGCAUAGCUCUUGCUCGUGCACUCUUUAUUGAACCUGAUCUUUUGUUGCUUGAUGAGCCAACAAACCAUCUAGAUCUUCAUGCCGUAUUAUGGCUGGAAGCAUACUUGGUGAAAUGGCCGAAGACAUUCAUUGUUGUUUCUCAUGCUAGAGAGUUCCUGAACACGGUGGUCACAGAUAUUUUGCAUUUACAUGGCCAAAAGUUGACUGCUUACAAAGGAGAUUAUGAUACAUUUGAAAGAACUCGUGACGAACAACUCAAGAAUCAGCAGAAGGCUUUUGAGUCAAAUGAAAGGACAAAAGCUCAUAUGCAGGCCUUUAUUGACAAGUUCCGUUACAAUGCAAAAAGGGCAUCACUUGUUCAAUCUAGAAUCAAGGCACUUGAGCGGCUUGGUCAUGUAGAUGCAGUGGUCAAUGAUCCCGAUUAUAAGUUUGAGUUCCCCACUCCAGAUGACCGUCCAGGUGCUCCUAUUAUAAGUUUCAGUGAUGCAUCAUUUGGGUAUCCUGGAGGACCUCUUCUAUUCAAGAACUUGAAUUUUGGCAUAGACCUUGACAGCCGCAUUGCAAUGGUUGGACCGAAUGGUAUCGGCAAAUCGACCAUUCUAAAAUUAAUUGCAGGAGAGCUCCAACCAAGCUCUGGUACAAUUUUUCGUUCAGCAAAGGUUCGCAUGGCUGUUUUCAGUCAGCACCAUGUUGAUGGCCUUGAUUUGUCAUCAAAUCCACUUCUAUACAUGAUGCGUUGCUAUCCGGGUGUGCCUGAGCAGAAACUGCGGGCUCAUUUGGGUUCAUUUGGAGUAUCUGGAAAUCUCGCACUUCAACCAAUGUAUACAUUAUCAGGUGGUCAGAAGAGCAGGGUUGCAUUUGCUAAGAUAACGUUUAAAAAACCACAUAUCAUUUUGCUUGAUGAGCCAUCAAAUCAUCUUGAUUUGGAUGCCGUGGAGGCAUUAAUUCAAGGGCUCGUGCUGUUCCAGGGUGGUGUGUUGAUGGUCAGCCAUGAUGAACACCUGAUAUCUGGAAGCGUGGGUGAGCUAUGGGCUGUAUCUGAAGGCAAGGUUACACCCUUUCAGGGCACGUUUCAGGAUUAUAAGAAGAUGCUGAAGUCCUCUUGAUAUACAUGCGUAACAACCUCUUGGUUUCACUUUGACAUUAUUAGUUGCCAGAAUUUUGUCCUGUUGGCCCUGGCCUUUGGCCUAUUCAGACUGAUGAUUUUGUACUGUAGUUUUAAGGGAUUUGUUGAUGAGAAAAGCAAGGCUUGAAGUUUACAUAUUUCGUUCAAUCCAGUUUCAUAAUAUGAUUUUUUAUUUUCA